GGCGAUGCGGAAAGAAGGAACGGCCGCGAGCCAAUUGCAAUGAUGGAUCGCCAAAAGGCGCAUGAAUUACCUCAAAUGCAAGUUGGAUUCAUGCAAUCAAUCUGUCUGCCAUGCUACGAGCUAAUUGCAGCCGUAAUCCCAGAAUCUCAAGAACUCCUUGAUCGAUGCCGGUACAAUGCCAAAAAAUGGCAAGAAUUAGCCGAUGAGCAGAAUACGAAAGAAAUCGGCGACGAUUAG